UGUAUCCCCGCGACUAUUGGCAGAGGCUCCUACCGUGGGCGGUGUACUUUGUUGGUCGGGGCCCUGUGAUUGGCUGAUGGGUAGCGCGGGAGAUUGUGUUUAGGUCGUGGAGCAUGUUGGGUAUUAUCGGCAGUGCCAAAAAUGGAUGUAGUGACUCCCAGUGCUGGUCCCGUAAAGUUCCCCUUCCCCUUCGAGCCUUAUCCCAUCCAGGAGCAGUUCAUGACAGAGCUUUACCAGGUGCUGGAAACUGGCAAAGUUGGAAUAUUUGAGAGUCCCACGGGAACGGGUAAAUCGUUGAGCCUGAUUUGCGGGUCCCUGUCUUGGUUGCGGGACUUUGAAGAGAAGAAGCGCCAGGAGGAGGCCCAGGCGUUGGGUGCGGAAACAAAAGAAAAAAAUGAAGGAAAAAAGACAGACGGGUGCACACCGGCAGAGGCAGGAUCUAUGACAGAGCCCGACUGGGUGACCCAGUUCCUGCAAAAGAAAGAAGAGCUGGACACGAAGAAUAAGAUAAAGGAGGAUCACCUCCGAAGGAAGAAGAGAGAAGAGAAGCUGGAGCAGAUGCGACAUAACAAACACCUGAAGUUUGCUUCCAAGAGAAAGAGGGAAGAGGAUGAUGAGACAAUUCGUCUUCUGAGGCUCAGUCAGCAGAUAUUGUCCCCUGGAGAAGAAGGCCCAGCCCUGGAACAAGGCGAAGAAGAGCUGGUUCUUGCCGAAUAUGAGAGUGAUGAGGAAACAAAGAAAGGCGUAGUGCUAGAUGAUGAGGAUGAUUUUGAAGAGGAGCAUGUGACUAAGAUUUAUUAUUGCAGCCGCACCCAUUCCCAGCUCUCCCAGUUUGUCCAUGAACUUCAGAAAAGCCCUUUUGGACAGGAGACUAGGCUGGUGUCCUUGGGGUCUCGCCAGAACAUGUGUGUAAAUGAAGAAGUGCGGCGCCUGGCCACCGUCCAGCUCAUCAAUGAUCGCUGUAUGGAGAUGCAAAAGAACAAGCAUGAUAGGAAAGAUGAAGAGCAGGAGGCGAAGAAAAAAAAACGUGAAAGUCGAGUAACGUGUUCUUUCUACGCCUUUGACCAAAUGCAGCUUUUGCGGGAUGAGAUUCUUGUCGAGGUGAAAGACAUUGAACAGCUGGUAUCUCAGGCUCGGGAGGUGAAAGCUUGUCCAUACUAUGCCAGCCGCUACGCUAUACCUGCUGCACAGUUGGUAGUAUUACCUUACCAAAUGCUACUCCAUGGUUCCACCAGAUGGGCGUCUGGCAUAAAGCUAAAGGACCAGGUAGUAAUCAUUGAUGAAGCCCAUAAUCUGAUAGACACCAUUACUGGCAUGUACAGCUCGCAGGUGACUGGUGCCCAGUUGUGUCAGGCUCACUCCCAGCUGGUGCAGUACAUGGAGCGAUACAGGAGCCGACUGAAGGCAAAAAAUCUGAUGUAUAUAAAGCAGAUUCUCUUCCUGUUGGAGAAGUUUGUGGGAGCCCUUGGAGGUAACGUCAAGCAGAACCCAAACUUUCAGAAAGUAUCUCAGCAGGGCACAACAUUGAAAUCCAUCAACGAUUUCCUCUUUUACAGCCAGGUUGAUAAUAUCAAUCUCUUCAAGGUCCAGAGAUAUUGUAUGAAAAGCAUGAUCAGCAGGAAGUUGUUUGGCUUCACUGAGAAAUUUAGAGGAACGGCUAUUAUUAACCCAGUGAAAGAAGGCCCCAAAACUGGAGGAUUGCAACAGUUCCUCCAAAACAUUAAUAAUAAAAACCAGGGAGAAGGGGUUGCUGAUGGUUUACAAGAGGUCAGUGAGAAUGGCCACAUGCGUAGUGCGUCCCCGCUCAUGCAGAUUGAAAGCUUUGUGUUUGCAUUGACCAAUGCCAACCAAGAUGGACGAGUCCUAGUGCAACUGCAAGGUACCGUGGCACAGAGCAGUCUGAAGUUUCUGAUGCUGAACCCAGCUGUGCAUUUCAUCGAAGUCCUGAAGGACUGUCGUUCUGUGAUCAUCGCUGGAGGGACUAUGCAGCCGGUUUCUGACUUUAAGCAGCAGUUGCUGAUAGCGGCCGGACUCCACCCUGACAGAAUCGUCGAGUUCUCCUGUGGUCAUGUGAUUCCACCAGAAAAUAUACUACCCAUAGUGCUCUGCAGUGGGCCGACCAAUCAGCAGCUGGAGUUUACCUAUGAGAAGAGAGGUUUGGCUGAUAUGAUGGAUGAAACGGGUCGCAUUCUUGCAAACUUAUGUAAUGUGGUCCCAGGGGGUCUUGUCUGCUUCUUUCCUUCCUACGACUAUGAGAAGCUUAUCCUGGAUCACUGGGAGAAGACUGGGAUGCUGAAACGCUUGGCAGUAAAGAAAAAGAUAUUUCAGGAGCCAAGGAAAGCCAGUCAGCUGGACCAGGUCCUUUCUGAAUACUCAAGGUGCAUCAAGCUCUCCGGCCAGUCUGUUGGACCUCUGACCGGUGCUCUCCUUUUUUCCGUUGUCGGAGGAAAAAUGAGUGAAGGAAUAAACUUCUCAGAUGAUUUGGGACGGUGCGUUGUGAUGGUAGGAAUGCCGUACCCUAAUAUCCGUUCCCCUGAGCUCCAGGAGAAGAUGGCGUAUCUAGAUCACACACUGCCCAAGACAAAUGGUGUAUCUGCAGGCAAAGUUCUUAUUGAGAAUCUGUGCAUGAAAGCCGUCAACCAGUCCAUCGGACGAGCCAUUCGGCACCGUGGUGACUAUGCCAGCAUCGUCCUCUUAGAUCACAGGUACUCCAGACCAACAGUUCUUGGAAAAUUACCUCAGUGGAUCCGCAGCAGCACAGAAGUCAAGCAAUCCUUUGGACCUGCUUUUGCAUCAAUCAGAAAGUUCUUUCAGAUGAAGAAGACAAGUUCUGCAUUGCCAUCUUGAACCUUCUUCAGUCGAAAGAAGAAUGAAUGCAGCUUCCUAAAUUAUUUAUCAAGAGACAUUUUUACAGUUGCCACGUUGUUAUACAUAAUUAAAC